AAACGACACUUGGCGACGAGACAUUUCGUUGUCGCGUCCCUCUUAGAUUUUCAGUUUCUCGGAUAGUAUUGCGUGAAAUUUUGUGUCUAUUCUUGUCCAUCAACCAACUAACCUUAAGUUUCAACAGCGAGCGCAAAAAAAAAUAAUAACGUAUUUGAUUCGAUCGUAGAAGAAAAAGUCAUCACACGUACUGCUAUGGACGUGACAGCAGUGUUCGAGCUAUAAGCUCGUUUCUUCUUUCAUGGCAAGCGGUGCAUUUUAGAUUAAUUUAUGGUUUUACCCGAUUAGCCUACUGAUUUGGUGACUUGUCAAGUGCAAUGGCUGAAAAGAUUAUCGUGCAUGGUGCAAAAUAUAUAAAAUAAACGGAUAUAUAUUAGUGUUUUGAUUACUUAAUAAACUAAAAGAUUUACAAUGGAUUCUGAAGAGGAAACAUAUGAUGAUGUUGAUUCUGGCAAUGAAUCUAGUGGAGAUGAUGUGGAUUUUGCAAUGGAAAUUGAAGCUGGAAAUCCAAGAGAACGAUCAACAGAUGUUGAUGAUUAUCCUUUUGAAGUUUUAUCAACAGAAGAAAUAGUCCAACAUAUGGUAGAUUCUAUUAAGGAAGUCAAUACAGUUGUAGAAAUACCAGCUACAACUACACGUAUUUUAUUAAAUCAUUUUAAGUGGGAUAAAGAAAAAUUAAUGGAACGCUUUUAUGAUGGUGAUCAGGAAAAAUUAUUUGCUGAAGCACGAGUUGUUAAUCCAUUUAGAAAGGGUCCAUUAAUAAAUAGAAAUCAAUCUUCUCAAAGCUCAUUGUCCAGAAGAACUUCAACAAAUGGUACUGAAGAAUGUGGAAUUUGUUUUACGAUUCAACCAUCUGCAAUGAUGACUGGACUUGAAUGUGGACAUCGUUUUUGUACUGGCUGUUGGGGAGAAUAUCUUACAACAAAAAUUAUGGAAGAAGGAGUUGGUCAAACAAUUGCAUGUGCAGCACAUGCUUGUGACAUUUUAGUUGAUGAUGCCAGUGUUAUGCGUCUUGUAAAAGACUCUAAAGUGAAAUUGAAGUAUCAACAUUUAAUAACAAAUAGUUUUGUUGAAUGUAAUAGGUUAUUGAGGUGGUGUCCAUCUCCAGAUUGUAAUAAUGCUAUAAAAGUACAGUAUGUAGAAGCAAGACCAGUAACUUGUAAAUGUGGGCAUACAUUCUGUUUCCAUUGUGGAGAAAAUUGGCAUGAUCCUGUAAAAUGUCAUUUAUUACGUAAAUGGAUUAAAAAAUGUGAUGAUGAUUCUGAAACAUCAAAUUGGAUUGCUGCAAAUACAAAAGAAUGUCCAAAAUGUAAUGUUACUAUUGAAAAAGAUGGUGGAUGCAAUCAUAUGGUGUGUAAAAAUCAAAAUUGUAAAACCGAUUUUUGUUGGGUAUGUCUUGGACCUUGGGAACCACAUGGUUCUAGUUGGUAUAAUUGUAAUCGUUAUGAUGAAGAAGAGGCUAAAGCAGCAAGAGAUGCUCAAGAAAAAUCGCGAUCUGCAUUACAAAGAUAUCUAUUUUAUUGCAAUAGAUAUAUAAAUCAUAUGCAAUCAUUAAAAUUCGAAAAUAAACUUUAUGCAAGUGUGAAAGAAAAAAUGGAAGAAAUGCAACAACAUAAUAUGUCAUGGAUUGAGGUACAAUUUUUAAAGAAAGCAGUAGACAUUUUGUGUUCCUGUAGACAGACUCUUAUGUAUACUUAUGUUUUUGCUUAUUAUGUGCGAAAAAAUAACCAAUCUGUGAUUUUCGAAGAUAACCAAAAGGAUCUAGAGGGUACUACAGAACGUCUCUCUGAAUAUCUUGAACGAGAUAUUACAAGUGAAAAUCUUGCUGAUAUUAAACAAAAGGUUCAAGAUAAAUAUAGAUAUUGCGAUAGUCGAAGAAAAGUGCUUUUAGAACAUGUACAUGAAGGUUACGAAAAAGAUUGGUGGGAUUACGUCGAAUAGAAAUCUAAACCAACUUCGUUUUUCGGGCAUGCAAGACAAGAUUUCCUUCUUGACACUUUUGCCCUACCUGUGAUAAAUCAAGAAAGCUGACAGGAAAUAAAAAUAGAGCAUGUCACCAAGUGAUUUACGUGUUAGAUAUACUUUAAAUGUAAUAUGAUCUGUGGCAGCACAUAUAUCGUUAUGAAUUUUUAAAUUUAUUAAAAUUGAAUCCUAUUAUCAUCAGGCUAAAUGUAAAAUACUUCCGUAUUAAUUAAUGAUACUAAUUUGCGCUUGCUGUGUGCUA